AUUAAGGCAGCGCGAUGACCGCCGACUAAUCAGCAGAACAUCAAAAGUAAAAGUGCAGUUUGGAAACUACGCAAUUUUUUGAAUUCGAUCGUACAUGUUGUAGAAUUUAUCGAACAUCAAGAUCAUCCACAAGCAAGCAAGAUGGAAGCCUACAGGCGUUGCACUCUGCAGGAGGGCUUUUUCGAUGCCAUGAAGUACAACCACAACAGGGUGCGGUAAUUGGAAAGGCGUCUUCGCAGCCACAGUCAUGGAGGCAGAAGCGCUGCAGACGUACCUCGCGGAGCACCACGUCGAGGACCUGGUGCUCGAGUUAACGGAAUCCCUCCUAAAGGAAAAACCCCUGCAGCCGAAGAAAUUUCUGCUGGGCAAGCUCGAGGAGGAAAUCGGAGAUGGGCAUUCUCGGCGAGAAUUACCUUCUUUAUCUUUGCCCGGAAGCAACAACAUCAUGGACGUUCCGAGUCAGUAUCUGAAAAGGUAAGUGGAGAUGAGAGAAGGACAGGCGACGUGUUGAUUGUGCGUAGUUUCUUGCAUUGACACUUCUAUCUCCUAAACCGAUCCCAACUCAUCUUCACAGACUCUUCGAGUCGACGCGGAGCAUAACGGCCGAGAUCGUUCCGAAAGAGACGAUUAACAUCAUCAUUGCUGAAACGGCAAAGCUUCUGAACUGCGACCGCGUGAGCCUGUUUGUGUGGGACAAGAAGAUUGAGAUGCUCAUUCUCACCGCUUCGAACCUCGCGAAGCCCAUCCGCGUGCAACCGGGGCAGGGUAUCGCGGGCCACGUGUUUGAGACGCAGGAGACGGUCAACAUUCCGGAUUGCUACAAGGACCCCCGGUUUGACCCGGGGUUUGACCGGCUAACCGGCUACCACACAAAGUCGCUGCUCGUCAUGCCCAUUGUGGACUUCGAAAAUGAGACCGUUGGGGUUUUGCAAGCCAUCAACAAGGCCGACGGCGGGAUUUUCAGCGCCAUCGAUGAACUUCUCCUGGGACACUUAACGCAGCAUGCGGGGAUCGCGUUAAGGAACGCGGAGGUGUACCGGGACGCCAUCGUGGCGUCGGAGCGGGCCAACGGGUUGCUCCAUGUGAUUCAGGCGUUGUCGCAGGACUUGGGGACGCAGAGCACGAUUUUGACAAGUAUAAAUGGACAAGUUUUACUUUUGUGUGGAUUGAUUGUUUCAGCUCUUUCCAGCGCUGAGAGAUGAACUUUUGAUGUGUAGUACUAUGUAUCACGCAUGUUGCGAAAUUUUGCAUCGUGCUUCCCCCCAUCAUGCUUUUGAUUUACAGUUACCAUGCACGCUUCGGAGUUGGUUCAGGCGGACCGGUGUACGGUCUUUUUGGUAGACGAUAUGCAGUGCAAAAGUAUCGUACUCGUAUAAAUGCAUUACAAAUUUCCCUAGCAUGAGAAAAAAAUUUGUAAUGCGGAUUUGAGUUAACAAAAAGAAAAAGAUUUGUAAUGCAAGACUUGCAAUACGAGUACGAUACUUUUGCACAGGAUAGACGAAAACAAGGACCAACUCUGGAGCGUGAGUUCGGACAGCGGAAAGGAGAUCCGGAUCCCGCGGACUGCGGGGAUUGCGGGGGAGUGCGCAACCGACAAGGUGAUGAUAAACAUUCCCGACGCGUACCAGGAUUCGCGAUUCAACCAAGCCUUCGACAAGAAGUCCGGUUACCACACCCAAUCCAUGCUGUGUGUGCCAAUACGAAACAGCACCGAGACAAAGGUAGAGGUCUGUUUGGUUCAUAAAUUGGUCGUGGACAGAACUAUGAUGGAGCUCGUUCUUGAAAAAACACGUACUUCUGAAUACAGGAAGUGCGGUUCGUGGUUGUGCGAGCAAAGAGUGACUUACAGGCACUAGUUGGCUAGCUUCCGCGGGAAUACUUAUGAAAGUUCGUGAUUUAUUGUCAACUGCUUGUCGUCCCACAGGUCGUCGGCGUGAUCCAGAUGAUCAACAAGAUCGAAAUUGACCAAGAGAUUGGCAUUUUCACCGACGAUGAUGCGGAGGUGCUGGAGACGUUUGCGAAAUUCGUCGGCGAAAAGCUGCAGGAAUCGUCUUCGUUGCUCACGGCGCACCCGGGCGGCGGCAAGGCAAAAAAAGAUUUCAUCAGCGAAACGGGCGAAGCCCAGGCAACGAUGAGUCCGGUUUCGAAACAGCGAUCGUCUGGGUAUGCCCAGUCAAACAUCAUCACAGAGGAGGAAGACGAUGAUGAACAGGACUGA